AGCAAAAGAAAAGUCCGACAAGUUUAACAGAGUACAGAGCAACGGGACCGCCCGCGCCCACUGAAUUUGAGCCCGAGGUUCGUUCUGUAAUCCAGCAGUGUUCUAUGAACGAGAGGAUAUAGGAGAACCGAACUUUUGAUACGACAACCCGAAUCCACGAGAUCACACCCGCACUGCGAACCCCCUCUGAGGCGAGGCAUUCAAUGUUCGUCUGCCGGGCCUGCCUCCGGAGCUUCACGGGAAUAGGCACAGCUCCGGUCGCCCUGCGCACUCUGAAUUUGCCGCGGAGGACAGCAGGUCUGGUCUAUACUAAGCGGCGGACAUACCAUGGGAAAGUGGGGAGGAGAGGGGUUCAGGCCGAUCAGGUCCAGACCGAUAUACGCAGUGCUCUAGCAAAGCCACCCCCGCCGGAGCGAGAGCGAGAAACAGCCUCCAACAACCAGCCGGCUGCACAUGACGAAGAGGAACUGGAAUAUGAGGCAGCGGUAGCAAACAAGGACAGCUUGGGAAAGCAAAAGUACGAGCAGAAGCUUGAAGCGACAGUCAGGAAACAGCUGGAGCACUUCACAGACCCCUUUCACAUUGCGAACUAUGUCGACACGGCGCUGCAGAAGGGCAGAUUCGAUGAGGCUCUCCUUAUGGCGCGCCGCGCAAGCCGCAACAAGAAGGUGGAGGUUACCUGGAAUCAUCUGAUUGAUUACCAGAUGAAGAACCGGCGUCUCCAUGCUGCGGUGAAGUUAUACAACGAGAUGAAGAAGCGCGGCCAAGUACCAAACGCAAAGACCUACACCAUCAUCUUCCGCGGCUGUGCCGAGUCCGUGCAUCCGCGGCUGGCCGUGGCCGAGGCCACCAGGAUCUACAAUUUCAUGAACAGGCAAGGCGCUCUCAAGCCCAACACGAUCCACAUGAACGCGGUUCUCGAGGUCUGUUCGCGUGCCGCCGACCUCGACAGUUUGUUUACUGUGUUGUCUACCUGCAAUGAGGGUCUCCGCGCCCCUGACGCCCAUACCUACACCAUCGUCUUCAACGCCCUCAGACACGACUCCUUAAAGACGAAGAAUACUGCUCAGCUCGCCCUAGUCGACGCUGAAGUCAAGCGGGAGGUCGAGAAGAAUAUUCAGAAAGCGAGGGCCAUCUGGGCCGACGUGGUCGCCCGCUGGCGGAGCGCCAAGAUCGUUAUCGACGAAGAUCUGGUCGUUGCCAUGGGCAGAAACCUUACUCUGGGGGACUACAAAGACAAUGAGAGCAUCCUGGACCUUGUCUGGCAGACCAUGAAGAUCCCGAGACUGGACCAAGACCGGUCGCGCCCUGCUCUACCAACCAAGCCCGAUCCCAAGACAGCGGCGGAAAAUGAUGCGGCUGCCGGAACCUCCGCCACCGCUGACUCGCCAGAGUCGGAACAACAAGAACUAGACACGAAGGACAUGUCGCCGAAAGCUCGCAAGGAGUUGGCCGCGUCAACGGCGGACAAGGCGCCUCUAUACGCCACGCCCGGGAACAAAACGCUGUCGCUUAUCCUCGUUGCCCUUGGCACCGCGCGGAAGACAUCGUCUACUUCAAAGUAUUGGGACUAUUUUGUCCGCGAUCUCGGCUGCAAGCCCGACCCAGACAACUACUACCGGUACCUGGGCGCGUUGGUCGCGGGUCACAAUAGCGCUCAGGUGGCGGCCCUCAUCGAGGCGAUGCCGGCCGAGAUGAUGAUCGGCGCCAACUUCCGGACCGCCUUCCGCGCGUGCAUAAACGACUGGGCCAGCCCAAAGGCGUUCGAGAACGCGUGCAGGAUCUUCGAUGUCAUGACCAAGACCCAGCGCUACGCCGACCCCCUCGCGGUGCGCCUCUUCCUGCACGUCGCACGCGGCAACACGCGGCACUUCCACGAGAGGAUGGAGAAGGACCCGGAGGGCGGCAAGGCGGCGCUCGGCGAGCAGCUGGUCAAGGCCAUCGACCGCGUCUGGGAGCCGCUGCGGAUCCUGGAGGCCGCGAUGUCGUACCCUGUGCCGGAUAUGACAACGACGUCGCCCGAGGACGAGAUGGCGAAGAAGCGCGGGGACAUGCAGGAGAUCAUGGCGACGGUGCGGCGCGCCAUCUCGACCAUCGACAAGGUCACCUUCGAGCAGCUAGUCACCCACCGCAAGACGGUCAAGCUACUGCUGACGCGGCGCAGCAUCCUGCAGAGGCUGGUCCAGCGGUACAUUGUGAAGCUGUACCCUGACGGGCCGCCACCCGAAGAAAAGAAACGGGACGGCGAUAUGUAUGACGAUCUGGAUGACUCGCGAGACUUCCAGACAGACUCGGUUCGCGGCGGGGUCUGAUGCGCUGAAUCUAAUUGAAUCAGCAAAGAUGGCUUGUACAAAUACAAAUACCAUGCACAUAUAUUUACUCUACUCAUGUGAUGAAUGUACAGUACAAUACUAUGGGAGCUUUUGUUGUGCUCUCUUGUAACAGUACCGAUCCGCGAGGCAACAGUCACAGUCACCCAACAUGGAUCGAUACGGA